AUACUCUCUACUAGGCGUUUAGAGGGUACCUCGAACAAUAAAGAUCACGUGCGAUGGGGUGCGGCUGAAGAGGACCUGGUGCGUGAUGCACCUUCAAUGUACGCUGACGGCAUCGCUUUGCCAGCGGGCGCUUGUACACCUGAACAGAAGCAAAAUGGGAAUUGCAGAUAUAUGAACGCAGUUAAUGGAUUUGGAUCUAAUAGGCCUUCACCGCGAAAAAUCAGCAAUGAGCUCUUUCAGCAGGUAGGCUAUACUCGGAUUUGGGUUUAUGACGAUAUACCAGGGAUUUUUGAUUCUCGGGAACUUACAACUUAAAUAACCAACGACUUAACUUAUACUAAUCUCCUUCUAGGCUUCGGCAUGUCGAGGGAACUUGUGGGAAUUUUUGAUACAUUGUUGUGUAUUAAAGAAAUAAAAAGAUGUAAUUCCAAGCUAUUGUAGCCAGCACGGUGAUGUGAAUAUAUGGAAUGGUCUCCCUUGGGAACGGCGGCCUUGAAACAACGCUUAUGCUAUAUUUGAAGGGUUUUGGAAAACCAACAGAAGAAGACGUAGAAUUUGCAUUUUUCCUUUAUAAUAUCCUACUGCAAAGCCAAAUGAAUAUUUUUUAACUGUUUUAUUGCAGCUCGACUCAGAGAUUAGUGCUCGUCGCCUCAGUGACUUAAGCCCCAAUUUUGGGCAGGUAUUAAAACUUUUUUUGUUCAAUCGCCUAUACAUAUAGAUUUGUUAUUUCAAGCAGUUGUUCUUUCGAAAGGCAUUCACCUUGUCUUUGUCUAACUGUUACAAGCAUGGUUUUGUUUGACCGCUAUUGUUUGGUAUUGUGACAAAAAUGAUUAUGUACAAUUUCUCCCUUUAAACUGUGUAAACUAACACUGUCUGCCAUCCAAUGCAGUUCCUAGCGCAUGACACGGAUUUAUCUGGUCCUAUGUCUGGAGAUGCGUUUACAGAAGUUUUAAGCGAUGUAUGGCUUCCCAUUGAAGUUCCUAAGGUCAGUUGUAACGUUUUGAAGGACUUGCAUCCUUGUAUCAAACAGGUUUCCGGCCUACUGCACUUCCCCGUAUAAACGCCCUCCCCGGAAUAAGUACAUCAACCCCUCUACCAAACUAGCAGCUAAGUACCCCACCUUCCACUCUCUUUACCCCUCCUUUUAACUCUCUGGGGUGAAGAUAUCUUUCACAAGGAAUAGCCUCAUAGCCGCAGUCGUUCUUGCCUUACUUCAUCUUUUACUAAACCGGCAUCAGAAAAGGAGAUUCUUUUAAAAUGAAGUCAGUUCCAGUUAUCUCAGUAUGAAUGCUACUGUAGCCGGCCUCGUUUAACUAAAUAGGCAAGGUGCAUAAACUGAGAAAAUGUUUUAGCUUAACGUACUUUCUUUGAUAGUAUUCCCAACCUUGUACGGAUUUUGAACUCUGAAGCAAAUGGCAUCGAUAUCAAAUCUCCUGUUAAUUUGACAAACAGACAUCAACGAAUAUUUAGUUGACCAGCCAAGCCGAGCAUUGACUUAACCACUUCUUGGUCGCAAAGUUGUUGUUGUUUUUUUAAUAAUCAUUUUAAUUUAUUAUAUAUUUUUUUUUUGUAGGGAGACAUUCACUUUGAUCGACAGAACAAAGGGGACAUUUAUCUGCCAUUCAUUCGCACAACUUUCAACAGGUUUGAGAAUUGGAUCGACAUUUUAAAUAAAUAAAUUAACUGAAUAGUUUUGUUUGACGAAAAAAUGCCAUGUGAUCCUGUGUUCUCUGCAAAACGACGUCGGCCGGGACUGGAUUCCAGAUUCCGCAUUCCUUGAGCUACGUAUUCCGGAUUCCAAAACCGAGGAUUCCGGAUUCCAUAAGCAAAACUUUUCCCGAUCCCGGAUUGUACAAGCAAAAAUUUCCUCGAUUCCGGAUUGUACAAUAAAAAAUUUCCCGGAUUCCGGAUUGUACAAGCAAAAAUUUCCUGGAUUCCGGAUUGUACAAGCAAAAAUUUUCCCGAUUCCGGAUUGUACAAGCAAAAAUUUCCUGGAUUGCGGAAUCUGAAUUCCCUUUCAUGGGGCAAAUGACGUGUUGACCUGUUAUUUCAAAGUUUGAAAAAUAGAUUUAUUCUAAAUUAACUCUAGCAGUGGCUCAGUUGAGUCACGAAAAAUGACACACAUAUAAUUUGUACUCAUGGCGUUUAACCAGGAUAUUUUAAGCGUAAGUGUCAUGACAAGGUCACCUGACUCGUGUACCCACAGCUAGUCCGCCUUGACAUUAAUUUUUUUUAAACAAAAUUGUUGUCGUCGUCAAAAAAAGUGCUUUUAUUCAAAAAAUAAACUAGAUAGUUAGAAAAUUUUAUUUAAGUACUUUGUGUUUUUAUACACUGGCAAUGAUAAACGUUAAUACCUCCACUGUAAAGGACGACUUAAUAGGGUUUACUAGGAGAAAGCAGAGCUUAUAGUAAUGUUCAAACUCUUGUCAAAAACUUCAUCAUCAUCAUCAUCAUCGUCAUCACCAAAACCAGAGCAACACCAUAUAUGGAGUCAUUACCAUCAAUCUUCAUUGUCGUUCUCGCAGUUUCCAUGACUAAAUUCAUCUUAAUUACAUGUAUGCGAGUGGACUUUCUUCAAAGUUCUCAUUACCUCUCUUGUUCAUUGCUAUCUUACGGUUGUUUCCAUCGAUUAUCGUCGUCAUUACCAUCACUGAUAAUAUCAUGGAAUGAUAUGUUCAUUAUUGAGUGUGUACCAAUGACCAAAUAAAUCUGUUUUUCCUCUUCCUAGAUGUACUGGCCGUAGAACUAACACCCCAAGGGAACAAGUGAACAAACUAUCCUCGUACAUCGAUGGUUCUGUCGUGUACGGUGAAUCGGAAGAAAGAAACAGGGUGCUACGAGAAUUUAAAGACGGAAAAAUGAAAGUUGGAUUUGCUGAUCUUCUACCAGUAAGUUACAGACUGAAAUUAGGCAUCAGUGAAUUUAUAGCGCAAGGUUAAAAUUUGGUAUCAUUUAUUUUGUUUAGGACCGACAUAGAAAUCACAUCGUUUUAGGUUGGAAAAACAAUUAAGAGAAGUUUAAUGCAUCAUAUCAGCUUUUAGCUAUGCAGUCCUAAACACGCCGCAGAUUCAAACCAUCUUUGGAGAGAAUUCACUGUAUCAAAACCUACAUGUGCGACGACCAAAUUCCCAUAAGCUUUGAACAUGAUUAAUCCAAAACACCAAAAUGUCCUCGGUCAAAGCUUCAUAUUUAAGCUGGCUCGUAAAGGACCAUCUCUCGUAAGCGACUGAGACCACUUGUGGGAACUACACAUAUUGUUACUUAGAAAUUGCAUGCAAUAAACUAGUAAUAGUUGACUCUACGGCUGCUCCGGCUCUGUAUGUUCUCAAUCAAUUCUUAGUCUUAGUGUAGCUCUUUGAAAAAUACUGAUUCUUAUUGAAGAUUUUCCCACAUUCAAUACAACAGGUGAAAUAAAAACAGGAAACGCAAGGUUCCAUGCACUGAUUCAGGUCGAUUUACACUGUUUUGAUAAAAAAAUUCUCAGGUUCGAGAAUAUUUUGUUCUAAACCACAAAGAAGAUUUGAUUAGAAGUGGUUAAUUUUAGCUAUUUCUCUUUCACUUUGUACAUACAGUCGAUUUAAUUAGCCGGGAAGUAAGCCUUAAAAACCAAUUCACGCUUGCGCGUUCUAGUAAUACUUGAAAGAAAAGAACCUUAUCAUAAAAAGGACAUCUGCGAGCAGGGAAUACGUUAGCACAGAAUUUACUUGUCGGCGAAUUUCUGAAAUCGUCCAUCGUUCUUCUUCUGAUAAGCUAGCCGUUGAUUCACUGGUUUGCAUAGGGACUACUUGCUUGUCUGUGGACGGAGUCUUAUUCCCGCAAAGAGAUCUGUGUCUGGUAAAUCGUUUCCAAUAAAAGAUUAGUUUAUGAUAAAACUCGUGUCUGGCAAACUCUCCAAGUGUUUAUACAGUUAUACGCCCCCUUACAACUUUAUAUUCACUUCACGACUGUCUUUUGGUCCAUAACUUUCAAAACAGCUGCUCCUCAGAAUGUCACUGAACACACGUAACGCAAAAUUCGAAAUAUGACUGUACUAUAAGUGUCACAAAAUCAACCUAAGCGGUCCCUUCGGGUACUUUCUGUUUGACGUCAUCCUAACCACUUCAUACAUGUACUUGCGCGAGUGAACUAUAGAAACGUCAUCAUUACCCAAAGAUUCAUUGCGGCCCCUGAUCAAGCAAUUCGAGACUUUUCUGGUGUACUGACCGCAUAUUUCAACUGUAAGUACUUUUCUACAUAGACACGCGAGAUACUAGGAUGCCUCCUCGGGGCAACUAUCUUACAAAAAGUAGAUGUGCCCAAUUCUCUUGUCGUUAGAGACUUUUGUCACUCGACCUCCGUGGGCAACCCCUUCCCAUAAGCGACCAUCAAGACUUGACAUUUUGAGUGGUCGCUUAACUGAGGGUAGAUUGUACUUGCAUAUACAGUGGAACCUUGAUAUAACGAAGGGCGAAGGGACUGGCAAAAUUUGUUCGCUAUAACGAGGUUUCGUUAUAUCGAAGUUCUUUUUCAUAUAUUUUACUAUCACUGGCGCAAAGAAAAUCUUUCGUACGUUAUAUCGAGGACGUCGUUAUAUAGAGGUUCGUUAUAUUGAGGUUCCACCUUAUCCCAAAAAAGAAACAUUUAUUUGUCUCAUAACAGGACAACACACAAGCGUUACCCAAUGACAAUCCAGUUGGCCGAGAUGCCAGCCUUCUGCUCGCUGCUGGGGACAAACGAGCCAAUGAACAGCCGGGUUUGAUAGCGCUUCAUACUCUGUUUGUACGAGAACACAACCGACUAUGUGAUGAAUACAAAAGCACAAAUCCUCAGGUACAGUGUUUAGUCCCUCCUUAAGGAGAGUUAAAGGCAAUAUUUCCUUGCACUGAACGACAAAUACAAUGGUUAUACUUCCCCUUGAUUUUACCUUUCCUUUUUAAGAUAAGUCAUGGUAUUAUUAUUGUUAUGGAAACGGGGAAGGGAAGCCUGGGAUUUUUUACUGGGCUCCUUAUGGCAAUUCCGCCGCCAUAUUGCAAAACGAGAAGAUUGAUCUGUGGCAUGCUUUGUGAUGACUUAGUAACCGGGCCUUCCACCAAACAAGUCGUUUAUUCGCCUUAGUUUGCUCACACGUUGAAAGGUACCUGUCAUUGUAAACAAUUCUGAUAAGUCGCAUUUUAUUGUAUUUCAAUUGGAGGGCUUAUGAGUCUAGUGUUUCCUACACCCAUUUCACUCCAGUUAACUCGCAUUAUGAUUGUGUUGGCUUAGCAAACUACCGCCGUGGCAACCUGAAUUUCAGCCGUCUUUUUGCAGCUUCAAAUUCAGGCUAAAAUUAGUCGUGUAUAAAACACUUUGGUAAAAGUGAGGUAAUAUUUGUAAUUAUCUGUCAUUUCAGGAUACCUUUACACAACAGUGCUUCAUUUUGACAAAUGCUUUGCACCUCCCCCCCACCCCCUUCCUAUACACUGUACAAGUUUGAAACUCAGGAGGACUUGUGAACAGACAGGUUGAAUAGGAGAGGUUUCUGACCUUAAAUAAUCAUCUGCUUAUCGUUUAAAACAAUAAAUGGACACCUUGAACGUUUUCAAUCCGAGGGUCACAACUAUUUACACUGUAUAUAUUUGUGCCUGUGGCAUUUGAUGAACUAACGCCAGAGCAGUUAUUUCGUUCCCACACGUGUUACACAAAGAUCUGAGCCAGUGGAUAAAAUCAUAUGGUUUGAUGACAUAAGUUAAGCUAUGCUACUGAAUAUUAUGUUCCUGUGCUUCUGUUUAUACUACAGUAGGAAUCCCCCUCUUACUUUUGUCUCUAAAUGCUUAAGCUAAAGAGAGCACUCCUAAUCAUGAGAGUGUAUAAAUGGACCCAUUUUAACACUUUCAUAUGAUAUUUCGUGGUAGCUGGAUAAGGUGGAUCUUCGUCUGUAGCUUAACUCUUACAAGUGUGUUCGUUUCGGUCUCUAAUGUGGUUAAUAAGUCAAUAUUUAGCUAAGUAAUUCAGAUGUUUAUUGUUUUCUGUGCAUUUAUCUUGUUAAUGUUAGAAUAAAUAAGGUUAGAGAUGAGUAAACCAAUAAAAGUGUUCAAACUGAUUACGUUUCCAGGCGACUGACGAGCAAAUAUUUCAGGCUGCGCGUCGCCUGGUAGCGGCUGAGAUCCAGGCCAUCACGUUCCGCGAGUACUUGCCUUCGUUGUUGGGAGGCACCAAGCACAUCCCUUCUUAUCAGGGGUACAAUAACACCAUAAACGUUGGUAUGAGCAAUAUGAUGUCAACAGCCGCUUUCAGGUAACUCACGUUUCACAGGGGUUCUGAUUUACUAAAUUUCUUCAUUUUCAAACGAGUCUUACCUCAUGACUGGCGUUUUAAACAAGAGCAGGCUUCCGUUUUCGCGUAAAACGAUGUGAAUCAUCCCGUAACAGAUAACGAAUGAUCCGCCCAUAACGGAUAACAUAUGUUACGUAACGGAUGUCCUGGGAGUAGACAAGUUUGUAAAAAAAAUAAUAUCGUUCCUCCGUGAAGAACCGUAAACGAAUAAGUGGAACCUCGAUCUACCGAAGUGCCGAGGGACUGGAGAAACGAGACGAGACGCGAAGAGAGUUAUAAAGAGCGGUAUUGCCUCAGUUCAGAGCUGUACAUAGCACCAGAAACAAAUGAACAGGCAAACAAACCUGGUUAAAACUACUGUACACAUAAAUUUUAUCCUCGCUGGUCUGUUUGGAAUUCAUCUUUAGCUAUCUCGCGGUCACGUGUUGUGAUUCAUUCGUUAUAUCGAGGUAUAUUUUAUGUUUGCUUUUCUGGGUUUUGCUCGUUAUAACCGGUGGGGAUUUAGUUAAAUCGAGAUUCGUUGUAUCGAGGUUCGGUUCCAUACAUUUUAUUGUAAUUUUGGCCGGCUGACGAAAAUCUUUCGUUAUACCAAGGACUUCGUUAUAUAUAGAGGUUCGUUAAAUCGAGACUCCAUUGUAUCUGCUUUGCGUUAGGUUCGGCCACAGUCAGGUCAACACUCACUUGUGGAGGUAUGAAGAGGAUGGCACGAUGUCUCCGUAUGGACACGUUUCUCUGAGAGACGUUUUCUUUUCUCCUGAAAGAGUGAAGAGGGAGGGAGGACUGGAUCCUCUGUUUAGAGGAGCAGUCAGGCAAGCAGCUCAAGAAGUCGAUCUGAAGGUUUGUUGUGGCAAACGUUUUGACACCCAAAUCUAUUUAUCAAUAAUCUGGGUCAAGAGACAAUAGUUUCUCAUGUCUGGGUAAAUUCUGGCAAAACAUGAAAGGAUAAAAAGUAGAAGAACGGACUUGGAAAAUUUCUCUGAAGCCCAAAUGGAAAAUCUUCCUGAAGGCCUUUUAAUUUAUCUACUUUCAAUUGAUUAUUUCUCUUAAUAUAACUAGAAAUCAUGGCUGGCAUAGAUGGCACUUUUUGUCCAGUUAAUACCCAUGAUUAUGGCAGUGCAUGACCACCUAAUUAAUCAAAUUUAGCGGACGUCUGGGAAAACAGACUUUUGUUCCUAAAAAAAAAAGCCAAAUGAAAUUCACGUACCCCACCUCUUCCCCCGUCAGUCGCGCCACCUUUCUCGGCCAAUAAAAUUGCAAUUAAACCAAUUAACUUAAACUUCCGCUACGCUUCGCAAAACCAACUACAUAAUAUACUUUAAAUCUGAUUUUUUUCUUUUGGUUUACCAACAUUUGAGGCGUUUUUCUUAACUCAAUAGAUGGUGGACGACAUGAGGAAUGCCCUGUUUUCAUCUGGUCGUGGGGUUGGUUCAGACCUGGCAUCUAGGAACAUACAGCGUGGACGAGAUCAUGGUUUGCCUGACUACAACACCGUUAGAAAAGCUCUCGGUCUAAAAGGUAGGACAAGUAACUGGUUAUAGAGGCCCAAUAUUUGUAUGGGAUGUGAGCAGUGUUUAUCUUACAGUGAAACCUUGAUAUACCGAAGGGCCAAGGGAAUGGUAAACUUUGCUCGCCAUAACGAGGUUUCGUUAUAUCGAGGUUCUUACAACUGUAUCACUAGGGGGAAAGAAAAUCGUUCGUUAUACUGAGGACUUCGUUUUAUAUAGAACUUCGUUAAAUCGAGGUUCCACUCGAUCCAUUUCGAGCCAUUUUAGACUAUCGAAUAGAAGUUACGAACCAGGGCCACAUUUGUGGGAGGCGAGUACUCUUAUCACUGUUUACUUUGUUGUUGUUUUUUUUUCCUUGAAGGCCUUACCAGUUUUUCAGAGAUCACAAAAGAUUCUGACGUUGCGUCAAAAAUGAAAGACGUUUAUCAGGAUAUAAACAAUAUUGACUUAUGGGUAGGAGGCUUGGCCGAGGACCAUGAAGAGGGAAGCGAACUGGGACCAACUUUUAGAACGUGAGUAAAAUCAACAAAAAUUUGUUCAAAUACUGCGCACACGCACACUUGAUUUUGAGAAUUACAGGUGACAAUGAACAAUAACAAAACACAAAACUCAAAAAAAGAUAUAAAUGCACUUACUUUUCACUGACUGAUACGAAAUAUGCCUUAAUAAAACGCAUUGUUGACUUCGAGUGAAGUGAAGCCAAAUGAGUGAAGUAAGGCAUCAAGAAACAACACGCCCUUGCUUUUGGAUUCAAUUUGUUCCGCCAGAUAUAAAUCCGGCCAAGACAAUAUUUUAUGUACACAGUAAUUUUCAAGGAGUUAUCAUAACUCCUCUAGUUGGGCUAAUUUAACUCGUUACAGUGGAGUUAUUUUUUGGGGAGUUAUUUUAACUCCAAAAGGAGUUUAAAGAACUCUUUUUAAGGAGUAAAAGUGACCCCAGAUAGUGAGGAGUUAAAAUAACCCCCAAAAAAGGAGUUAUCCUGAACCUAAAAGUUUUACUCCACUUUCAGAGUUAAAUUAACUCCAAAAAGAGUAAAAACAAACCAUGUAAGGAGUAAAAAUAACUCAACUUCGGAUUUGUUUUAACUCCAGACUGGGAGUAAAAAGAACUCUUUUUCGGGAGUAAAAAUGACCCCAAAUUCGGAGUUAAAUUAGGAGUUAAAGUAACCCCCAAAAAGGGGUUAUCCUGUACCGAAAAUUUUUACUCCAUUUUUGGAGUUAUAAUAACUCCCUUAAAAUUACGGUGUAUAGUACUGUAUCGUUAAUGCGUAAAUGUAGUGACAAUGACAGUUUGAGGGCGAUACUGAUUUGCAGUUGAAGAGACAAGCCUAAGUCAUCUCCUAUUUUCUCUUUCUUCAGAAUUAUGGUGCGUAACUUUCUGAGAAUUAGAGACGGUGACCGGUUCUGGUAUGAACGUUAUCUGUCAACGGAGGUACUCUACGCGUCAAUAUUAUUAUAGCAUAGAGUGUUUAACUAUUAAUGCAUCAAGGGCUUUCAUUUAGUUAUUUCGUGGGCUCCAGGAAUCGAAUUGUCAAAGAUUUAUCGAAGAUGCAAAUACUUCAUUCAGAUUUUCUAAUUUGUAACACUCAGCCGGUAUUUUCAAAAUGCGAUGGAAAAAUAAUUUAUAUAAUGAUUAAGAGUCUUUGUUACAGAAGUUUAACAAAACCUUUGUAACUUUGUCAAGUGAAAUUGGCCAUGUGCCAGCUAAUGAUGGUAAAGAGCACGCGACAAACUUUCCAUAUGAAGAAAGAGCCCUGAAAUGACAUCGAAUCUCUAUGACCCUCAUUGGCCUUUUUGAUCUUAUUCGAAGCCCCUUAUGUGGCAGGUUUCAAACAUAACAAACAGUUUUAAUAACUAGACUGCGAGCAGUCUCUCUUUUUCUUCAGAUUUAGUGAGUGCAUGCAGGCGUGAGCGUCUGGCGCGUUCAGUCAAGCGCGUGGUCAUUUGCGUGUCUCGCGCGUUUUGCUCGAGGGUCUAAGAAAAAAGAGAGACUGCUUGUAGUCUAUUUAUAACAGAAUGGGGUAUUAGAGAACAAUACUGAGAAGUGCGUGUAGGGGAACAUUGAAUCUAAACACUCGUGGGAACAUUUGUGGGAACAAGGGAACAGGAACACCUUCAUCCUUGUGAUCCGGCAUUUUCAUGGUUGCGUUGUUCGUGUUAAGCCAACUGCGUCGCUAGAUUCUUCUCGUUUUUCAAUAAGGCGACGGCAGCCGUCAUGUUGGAAAACGACAAGAUCUUGGCGACGAGGUUGGUAGCCUCUACCGCGGUCACACAACUAAAUCAGUUUUUUCGUUGAAUUGAGUGUGAUUCCCUUUACCUUUUAGUGGAAGCAUUGGCAAGGACGUAUAAAAUUAUUAGACAAAGUAACAAUUUUUUCAGCUUUCUCAGAAUAUAAUGAUAUUGAGUUUCUUUUCGUAGAAAACGCAUCUCGUCCGAGCAAAACUAUGUUAGCAAAAUGGCGCCGUCAACAAGAGUUUCAGUUUACAAACCCCUAGAACCUUCUUUAACAAACUAUGAAAAAGUAUAUUUAUCAGAGACCAGAAGAACUUUAGCGUCCAAGUACUUUACUUAGCUUUUGCAGUUUUGUUCUCUCGUUUGAACACAACGAAAAAUUAGCCUUAUCUAACGCCUCUGUGGACUCCAUUAAAUGACAAACCUAAAAAAUAAAUCUUUUGUUCUAAUCAACAGGAAAUCGACAAGGUCAAUUCCAUGACGUUAAGCAAAAUAAUCCGCAUGAACACUGGAUUCAAAACUGCACCAGAUAAUGUGUUCUUCUCCACGCAGUACUGCGCAAGCGUGAAAGAUUUCCAGUGUGUGCCAAAAACUGAAACGACCUCAGUGACGGAGGCCACAAGCAACGCUACAAGGAAUGCGUUGAUAGCGAUAAGCGUUGUUUUAUUUGUGGUGGUGCUUGUACUCGUGACUGGCUUGGUAUGGUUGUGGUACCGUUCACGACAAAAAACUACGAAAGUCAUCCCGAUAAAGAAGACAGGAGUAGACAACAAAGCGUUUGUUAAUGAAGAAGUUGGUGUUUAUGAUCUUUCGUGA